AUGAUUUCGACCCCCGUGCUUUCGAUCCGAACUCAAAUCGCUGAAUCCUACGCGAAUGAUUCCUUCUAUGCAGGAAUCAUCAACUAUCUCAGAGACCCGAGCGAAAUAUUACUCGCGAAGCUGACGAAACCAACACGCGACAACAUCAAUCAUUACGCGCUUGACGGUCCGUUGCUGACGUACACGAUGGACGUCUUUGAUUCACCGCGUGUCGUCAUCCCUGCUGAUGACUACAUUCGAGCCCGAUUGGUUCAUGAAUUUCACGACAGCCCAGCUGGCGGAUACCUGGGUCGCGAAAAGACGUUUGCAGCUAUUUCUCGCCGUGUGAAGCCCGCGCCGUCUUCACAAGCCCCAUUGCGUCCGCUUCCGAUUGCUACGGAAGCCUGGCGCUCGGUCAGCAUGGAUUUUAUCUUUGGCCUUCCACCGGACGAACAGAAUCGCACAAGCGUAUUGGUUCUAGUGGAUCGAUUCAGCAAAAUGGUGCAUUUUGCUCCAGUCUCCACCAACAUUACGGCGGAGACGACAGCGUAG